AUGAUUACAAUUGCUCAACAACUGAACACUUUUGUUCCAACAGUGUCACCGUCGUUAAUUGUGUCACUGAUAUACGAAAAGAAUCAAGCAGCUAUAAUUGAUCGAUAUACACUGCAACACAACGCAUCAGACGCCUUCGACAAACUCUUUAAAACGCAUGAGAUGUAUGAAGAGUGGAAGAUGUCUUUAUUCUCCGUCGAGUCACAAGAGACAAAUCGAGAUCUUUUGACUGACGCAAAGAACAUCGAAUUAUCGAAGAAGAUUAGAGAAUUCUUACCAUACACUUCUCGACACUUUUUAAACGUCAAUUACGGGCACAUCAUUGAAUAUAUGAUCCGUGUCUAUUCAAUCCAUAUCUUAGACGCAGACGACUUAAUUCUGUCCGUCCUUCCCUAUUACCAAAACGCACUCUUCAUGAAGCUCUUCCAUUUAUGUAAACCAACGAUCUUUGCUAACCUCGUGAAACUCGACAAAAUUAACAAACGAACGUUAGUCGCAAAUCUGACGCAAAACCCUAUGUAUAUUAAUACCCUAGCAACUUACUUCUAUGACCACACUAUACUCUAUAACAAUACUAAAUACACCGCUUUCAUCACUACACUCCUCGUACAAAUUUCUCAACAACAAAUUGUCACAGAGAGCGUCAUGUCUUCGAUAUUAACCGUCGUCUUAAAAUACAUCAAAUCAAAUGCGCCAAAAUUGAUGAUCAUUGCACUCACUGUUAUUGGUCAAAUCCUCUCCGUCCACACACUCCCAAUGAAUAAAUACAUCUCGUUGCUCACAAUAUUGGAGAAGAAGAUCUCACUCUCGUCACCCUCUCAAUUCAUCGCAGUCCUCUGCAUCGCCGCAAAGUACCAACAGAAAUUGGACUCCUUCCCGUUGCCAAUAUUCAAAUUCAUUGCCGCAUCAACAGGAGUCGUCGUGUCGACACUUAUUAACUUGUCGAAGAACAGCUGCGACGUCUCAGACUUCUUCGAGUGUCUCAUUAAGACGUUGAUAGUUGGUGGGAAUAACAAGACGUUACAUGAAGUGGUCUUCCCCUUAGUCAAAAUAUUGAAACUCACUAAGGAGCACAUUAGACUGAUCUUCUCGUAUAUCUGCAAUAAGGCCAAACAAGCAUCUCCCAUCAUUCUAGAUAUUGAAUCAAGACCAAUUAUCACAUUUUUGGACAUCAACCAAACAAAGGACUUUGGCGAAGUAGUUAACGCGUACUUCCAAAAUGCUGACAUCAAUAACGUCAAAAUUGCGAAUGAACUGAAAUCGAUUUUGCCAGCCUCAGUCAAUGUGCCGUUGUAUGAGAAUGGGAGGUAUAUUGGGACUAUUGCUUCUAUAGAGCAGAGCGGUGUAGUGACGAAUGCCGCUAUUAUUCGAAUGUUGAGUAUAUUACAGAAUACUUCAGAUGAAUUGACUGAGAUGAAAGAAUUGAUUUGCUCGUUGUUUGAUACUCCACAGAAGCAUGGGUUCUACAUCUCCGUCUUUGCAGACACCCACUUUGAAAGACUUAAAAAGGUGUUACCACAGACUACCAUACUCAACCACUUAUUGACGUUCUCCGGGAAACUCCCUAUAGAAGUACUUGAAGUUUUAAUGAAGUACAUUUCUUCGUUUGAAAAUGAAGAGAAUGGCACAUUAUGUGAGUUAUUCUUACCCACCAAAGAUACUAUGUACAAUGCUUUAGUGAUAAUUCUGUUGUACCAGAAGUAUAUGACCAAAGGCGUCUUUGUAUUGAAAAAGAAUAAAGAAGAGUUGAUGGGAAGAGUCCAGAAAGUGUUAUCUCAAGGGUCUAUUAAGUUCUCCGAUGUCGAUGCACUGUACUUUGAUAUUGUUAAAGAGAUGAGUGCCAACUUAGAUGUGUCGCGAUUAAGUGACACCCAGAUGAGUGUGAAAAGUGGCCUCUUCAUGAUGUCUGUAUUGAACAUAAAGUACUUACAAACAAAAGAUGAGACAAUUAAGAAUAUGAUGAUCGACUUAUUAACACUGAUUUGUCCUGUUUUCAAUGAUAAAAAAGACUUAUCGAAAGAGAAGUUUGUAUUACAAGAGAGUACCCUUCUCUCACAAGUUUUACUCAGUGAAUUGGAAUUGCCAAAUUUACUUCCAGAAGCUUUAAUGACAUAUGUCGUCCAACUUGCAUCAGAAGACCUUGAAUCGUGUUUGGACUUGUUAUUAGUCUUCCCCUAUGAAUCAGUUCAAACUGUUUAUAACACUACAAAGAUAAAGCCGAAUGAUGUCUUACAUUUGUUGAUAUCGACACCUCAUUUUGCGCCAUAUAUACACGAACACUAUUCUUCAUUGACUCCAGUGGAAGUAUCUACUGUAGUUAGUGUUUACUCCUUAUUCAUUAUGGUGGGUCUGUUACACCCGGAAUUGCAAAAGAGAACUUUUGUCUUUAAACAACUUGAAGCAAUUAUGGAAGUCACGCAGUCACUGAAAAUUACAGAUGUGAAGGUUAAGAUAAGUCUGGCAAUGAUUAACUAUGUCAUCGAAUGCAGAGCGGAGUUCACCGCGUCAAAUGAGUUCUUACCAACAUUCUUCGACUUGUUCUUUAAGAAAAUGACUUCACAAGAAAUCGACACAUUUGUUGCGGGUGCUAUUGAAUUGCUCAAAAAAGACGACAAAAUUGAUUCUGAAUUGAAAUUGAAAAUGAUCGAAACGUUUGGGAUGCGCAACUCGUCGGUCAUCGAAGAGAUCAUCGCGAUGAUUAAAACCCCCGACGAGAUCUAUGAGACCGGCUUCGAACAAAAAGUCCUUCAAAAUGUUAUUGAGAACAUCUUCAGUGAGAUGUACCAAAGCACUUUCUUGAAUGACAAUGUGAAGUACUUGAAGCUGCGAGAUGUCUUUGAAAUGUGUAAUGAAGACAAUUUGGUCUUUGUUGUCUCGUUGAUGGAAGACAAAGUGUUCGACGUCUUCACUGAUCAACAGAAAGACGACUUAUUUUAUGUAUUAAGUCAACACUCUAAAGAGAAGAGAACGACUAUCAUCCAACAAUUCAAUGAAUUGAUCACUAAGAUCCCAUUCAAGUUCAUUAACAAAACAGUCGGGGAUGUCCUCUUAAUGAUUGAGAACGAAGACAAACACAAAAUGGAAGAAGAGAAGACUCCUCAAGAUAAGGAAAUCACUGAAAAGGUCCAGAUCUCCAAUAAUGUGAAGAAUUCCAUGCAGAAGUUGACAUUCAUCAUCGAGUCCUUCUUACGCACGAAAAACCCGAAUAAGGUGGUAGACUUCGCGAAUGACGUGGAAGUGCAGGAGAUGAUAUCUUUAGUCAAAAAUGUUGUUGUUUUGCUUCAAAAGACGAUGAAAAUGAAGCAAGAGAAUCACUACGAGUAUAUGACGAGUGUUGAAAUGGUUGGGUUGACUGCUUUAAUCACACUUUGUGGGAAGUAUCUCAUUUACAGAAACAUGGUUGGUGUUUCACGUACGCCGAGUGCUACAGGGAAGCGUCGCGUAAUAGUUGUGAAGAGUAAGAAAGAUGCUGCCAAGAAUGAAGCAUUAGAAGAAUUAGCUGAUGGUAUAGAUGUGAUGAAAGUAGUAGAUGUCAUCUAUGAAGUCAUUGGGGAGUUUGGUAACACGCCAAAUAUAUACAACAAUGGGAUCACUUUAAUAUCCCAAUUGAUCGCCGUCUUCCCAAAUACCUUUGUUGAGCACUCCGAUCGGUUUGUCCGUGCCAUUUCGAAAGAUGAGAUAGUAGGUAUAGUAGUUCAGAAGUUGAUUCCACAAGUCAUCUUGACUAUUAAAACGACGACUGGAUUACCUGGGAGUGCUGUAGUAGAGUUGUUAAUGAUGAUAGUUGACAACUUCACACAGUUAGCGUAUCACCGACGACUCGAAAUCUUCGUUCACUUAUUCAAAGAGACUAAAAUUGAUAUUGAGCACAUUGCUGGUGUUAUUAUUCUUCUUUUAGAGAAUGAAGGAGAGAGUGUGAUACCAUUUGUUAUGAGUAUUAUGGAAGAGAUGUCGAAUGGGCAAGUCAUCGACAUCUUAUCGAAGUUGAUAGAGUGCGGGACACUCUUAAUAAAAAAGACUGCAGAGAGUGUGUUAAGUGGGUACAUCCACCGCAUUGUGAAGCCGGAAGAUGAUGGGAAGUUAUGUCUAGAAUUAGUCAACAAGCAAAUCACGAAGAAGGAAUUUGUGUUGAAGUGUAUGAAGUGCAAUGAAGACUUAAGUAUCCAACAGAGUUACACUACUCUCUUCAAACAAGUCGUUGAAGGACUGAAUUUGUUUGAUAACGACGAAACAAAUCAAAACACGUCGAACUUGUUACGAGAUAUGGUCGACAACAUCGCCGACUUGUUUAGUAUCACUACACUGAUCCGCGCCGUCAUCUUCUUAAUUAAACAGAGUGGGAUAUGGGUCAAACGGACGGCUUUAAUGAUUUUAAAUCAGAAGUUGACUGAUCUCUCUCCGGAGGACAUGUUAAAGUAUGAAGGCAGUUUCUUAAGUCAAGACAAUGGGUUAAUUCACGUCGUUAUUAAGAUCUUAGAAAACGUCAAUACUUUGAAUGCGUCAAGUGAAGAUAAAGAAGCUGAAAUAGGGACAGUCCAGACUGGGGUCUUAUUACUCGAAAUCUUGUUACGAUUCUAUGGAGCCGCUCAUGUUGAGAUCUUCAGUGAUUUACUCCCUUAUGUCCUCAAUUGUGUCAGACUGACGAAUCCCCUUCGAAAUGUAAAGAUAGUAGCGAGCGCAUUAUUAUGUCUGUCGAUCUACGCCAGUGAAUUGAAAGAAACGUUACUCCCACAACUCCCCGAAUUGGUCCCGAUGUUCUUCGACUUAUUACCAGAAACAGGGGAUGAGGAUAGUGUCAACAGUCUUAUCAAUUCAGUCAUCUCUUGUGUCAUGAUGUUCACUAAAUCCUACAAAAACGUCAUUGCGCCGUACGUCUCGCAGUUUGUAAGUAAGAUUUUGAAUCCUUUAUAUACUACAAACGCAAUGGUUCUUCCAUCUAUAGUGGAGUUAAUGCACGUGAUGUCAUCUUCCUUGGAAUUUAGAUUAAUAGUUCAAAUGGUUUCGACAAACUAUAAAGAGAAACUAUUACAAAAUGACACAUCGUUGUCGGCCAUCUUCACGUUGAUCUCCUCUGGACUGAGUCAGAAAGAAACUAACAUCUCUAAUGUGAGAACUUUGCUCUACAACUUCUUGUUUGAAGUCUUGGACUUAGUCCCGACUCUUGAAAGUCCACUCAAUAUGAAACACUGUGUGACGGAAUUGGUCAACAUGUUCUCCGCGUUAGUUAUGAAACUCAGUGACGACACUUUCAAGCCUUUCUUCAUGAAGUUGAGCGACAACUUUGGCGAAAAGGUCAAGCAGAAGAAGGUCAAUGCGAUGUAUUUGUAUGCCAAAGUCAUCGUUGAGUACUCGAAGACACUGAAGUCCCUCUUUGUGCCUUACUACACCUUCUUCUUAACUAAUUUGGUCAAAAUCCUUGCGGAACUUCCUAUCUCAUUAGCUACAAUGCAACUGCCAGAGUCAAAUGUCGUCAGAGCAAAGAAGUCUGAGAGUGAUAAUAACUCAGAAGUCGUUUUAGAAACAAUCUAUUUGGCGAUCGAAUUACUCCAAGGCUUAUUCUUGAACGAUAAACAGAACUUCGUCGAUACUCAGAAGAUCACCUUGUUAGUCCCAAUCGUCAAUUUAUUGGACUCAAUGCAUAACUGCGUCAUUGAAAGUGAUGACUACUUCGAUGUCGUAUCUAAAAGACUCUCCCCAUGUUUCGUACAAUUCGCUCUCUGUGUCCCUAAUCAAGUCUGU